AACGCGUCAACAAAGAGGAACGUGUGUGUUUUGCAUGUUAUUUGUUUACACGUGAUCACCAUUCAAAAUCCAACAGCGGAUCCGUUAACGGUUGGGCGUAUCUGAUGCAUGGCGAUGGGGAUGGAUUCAGAAUUUCGAUCAUGUAAGAGCGGUAUAAAGAGGUGCUCCGUCAAUAACGGCGGUAUUCCGUUGCUUUAAGCAAGGAAAAUUCUCAGAAGAAAUGACAACAAGAUGAAAAAACGUGAGAAUGACGGCAACUGAAAACAAUUUAAACGCUGCUGUUUGCUGUUUCUCCAUAUUCCCGUCCAUACCAUCCUGAACAAACCCGUCUCGAAAGUGAUACUGAUAUCAUCAUUAUGCGUUUUGCACUUGCUUACAUCACCAUCCUGCUCUUUGUAGCCACAGCAGUAUUUGCACAAUUCGACAAUUUGAUCGAAGGAGUUUCGGAUAUCAGCCAAGCAGUGUUGGAAUUACGUGAAGCUGUUAACUCAAAACCAUUGACAUACUUUUCCGCAUUGGGGAUCAACUCAAAAGCCAAAGCUUUAAUCUCCGAAAUUCAAGAUAGCGAAGAAGUUGUGAGCGAGAUCAAAACAAACUUUACUAUUGAAGAAACACAAACAUUAAUCAAAUCAUUGUAUGUUGUCGAAAGAAGAGUCAAUUAUACAGUGAUUGAUUUGAUCAAAAUCAAGCCGCAAUUGGAACAAUUAGGUGUUCUCGGAAUCGCGAGAGCAGAUGUUGCAGACAUUUCAACGGAAACGCAAGAUUUGAUCAAGAUCAUGUUCCCUCUCGUACCCCAAGAAAUGCGCUCUCAAGCAGCUCGUUUGGCAAGAAGAGUAAAUCAUUCUUUAAUCGUUUUGUGCAACGUCUUUGGUGUCAAAUUCCAGUCGGCAAAAUAUCCCUUCACCACAAAUGUUAUGAGUACGUUCGAAUCAAACAUCAUCGCAAUUCAAGGUGUGUUUCAAGAUUCCAAGACGAUCAUUUUGAACUAUCGAGAUGGUCAUGCUCCAACAGUGACCAGUGAUGAAGUGACCUCGAUUAUUCAAGCUAUGAGUGGCACGAUCAAUCCUUUCAAGGCUAUAUGUGAAGCAAUCGUUUUCAAUGCAAUCAUGAAAUUGAAAACGGAUAUUACCACUUUAAAAGCGAAUGAUGCCCUCGCAACAGAUUUAGAAGCAAUGGCUAAGGCGAUCUCAAUUUGGUCAACUGCUUUUACGAACAUCAUUGAUCGUAAAGAUAUCAAGCGUUCUGAAGUGGCUACUGUUGAAUUGGAAAAUGCUUCUACUGAUGCUUGCAAAGCAUACGCUGGCUGGGAUGAUCUCAAUUCAAACUUGCAAAAUAUUCAAUCUCAAAGUGCUACAUUUGCUAGCACUCCAACAAACAGCGCAAUCACUGCUCAAAGUGCUGCUCAAAUCGUUAGCAAUGCAAACGCAUUGGCAAGAGUAUUUGAUGCAGCAAACUCAACACUUCAAGGAUACUCCGGUACAAUUACUGCAAACGAAUUCGAUUUGAUUGCAAGCUCUUUUGUUUACUUUAGCAAGCAGCGUUUCAACUGCUACACUCAAGUCAAACAACGCGCAGGUGUUAAAGUUGGUACUGCUUUGAAUGGUUUAUAUGCAAGUGUAAAAGCAUUCGCAUCUGGUUCGAAAGCGCAAGCUUCCGCUGUAAGGAUUCAACACCAAACUGAUAAAUGGCAAACUGAUGCUCAAUGUGGUUGCAAGGCAUUCGGUAAAUGCUGA